ACGUCUGCACAGCCCGCUCCCCCACGACGCCACUCUCUCUGCACGACUCCUCUGUCGCCACUUGCCACCGCGCCAGCCCCUCGCCGUCCGUCCAGGUUCGUGCCGAGCCGCGCCUCCGUCACGCCGUGGCCCCCGCUGCAGGCCCUUACGCCGCCAUCCCGCAGUGCACCACCAGAUCUGUUUGAACGACGCCAGCAACCUCACGCCCUUUCUGUUUGAAACCGCGACGGACCAAGGGCCACCGUAGACAGCCUCUCACCGCCAAGGACAUUGGAAUCAGCCCUAGACAGCGGCGUCUCGCUCUCUAAAUUUUGACAGGCCAUCUCACGAAAUUAGGUUGUGAUACUGUUAGAGGUUGGACCCAAGUCUUAAAUAAUACACGGCAAGAGUCAGAUGAUUUUCGGGAUGCUGUUCCCGAACACCUGGUGCCAAUAAAAAGAAAAUAUUUUCAGAUGAUUUUGAUGGUUUGGCUGGGAAUCAAGGGAGAAGAGGAUGAAAGUCAAGCUCUUACGUGGGGAAGCUAGAAGCCAACUAUAUUGGUGGCAUGCUGUUGCUUCUUGGACGUGGGAUGCCCAGGAUGAAACUUGUGGGAUCUGCAGGAUGGCCUUUGAUGGUUGCUGUCCAGAUUGCAAGCUCCCUGGGGAUGAUUGCCCACUAAUUUGGGGCGCAUGCAACCAUGCAUUCCAUCUUCACUGCAUCUUAAAAUGGGUGAAUUCACAGACAUCUCAAGCACAUUGCCCCAUGUGCCGUAGAGAAUGGCAAUUCAAAGAAUGAGAAAAAAAGUGAACGAGUUCCAUGAUGAAUUGAAUGAAUACUGGCUGUGUAUGUUAGUGCAAUAAAUGCUUUCUUGUUGCGACCUUGUGUUUAUGCAAGUAUGGGCGGGCUAGGCACAAAUGCAUUAAUGCGGACAUAUUGGGUGAUGGAAGGUGAGGAAACACUUUAUCGUAACGUUUUGUAGUUUAUCCAUGAUGAGAAAUGAUAAAUUACAUAUGCUUCUAUACUAUUUGGUCAACAAUUGGAAACCAUUAAAAUAUGCCAAGUAAUGAGUUGUUUGAUAAUCAGAAAAGUAGAAUUUGAAUACAAUAUUGAUAUCUUUAAAAGUUCA